CGAAUUUUACAACAGUGGUCUCAAUUCACGAUCUGUCUGUCUGCCUGUCUCUCCCAAACUCAAACUCAAACUCAAACUCAAACUCAAACAGUGGUUCUUGAACGUGAAGCUUGGAAGAUGCAAGCUCCAAAUUUUUCAAACCGGCUAUCACCAGUGGACCGCUGGCUGUCACUGGUGACUGGCAUUUCGAGUAGAAGAAGCUCAAGCUCGUUCGUUUCAUUAGGGUUUCGUAAAUUCCAGUGCUGCUCCGUUCAGUCUCCAUCUUUAGUUUUGGAUGAGACGAGAUUCAUUAAAGCAUCAAAAAAUGGGAACUUAAUUCCUUUGUGCGAAAUCAUUUUCUCGGAUCAGUUGACACCCGUGCUUGCUUAUCGGUGUCUGGUUAAGGAAGAAGAUAGAGAGGCUCCGAGCUUCCUCUUUGAAUCUGUCAAGCCUGGUUACCGCACUUCCACUGUUGGCCGAUAUAGCAUGGUAGGAGCACAACCGACAAUGGAAAUAGUGGCAAAAGAGAACAAGGUCACAGUGUUGGACCAUGAAGAAGGGACAAAAAUUGAGAAGUUCGUAGAGGACCCAAUGAUGGUUCCAAGAAAUAUUUCAGAGGAUUGGAGACCACAAUUGAUUGAAGAACUUCCUGAUUCAUUUUGUGGUGGAUGGGUUGGUUAUUUCUCAUAUGAUACGGUUCGUUAUCUAGAGAAGAAAAAGCUUUCAUUCACGAAUGCACCAAGAGAUGAUAGAAACCUUGCUGACAUUCAUCUUGGACUCUAUGACGAUGUUAUCGUGUUUGAUCAUGUAGAGAAGAAAGUAUUUGUAAUUCAUUGGGUCCGCUUGGAUAGAUUCUUGUCUGCUGAGGAGGCUUACAACCACGGAAUCACACGCUUGGAACAAUUGGUGUCUAGAGUAAAAGACAUUGAUCCUCCAAGGCUAUCUCCAGGUUUCACAGACCUGCAUAAUCACAAGUUUGGACUCAAUUUAACCAAAAGUAACAUGACAAGUGAGGAAUAUAAGAAUGCCGUUGUACAAUCAAAAGAGCAUAUUUUAGCGGGGGAUAUCUUGCAGAUUAUCUUAAGUCAACGCUUUGAAAGAAGUACAUUUGCUGACCCAUUUGAAAUCUACAGAACUUUAAGAGCUGUGAAUCCUAGUCCAUACAUGAGUUAUUUGCAGGUUUUUCCCCUCUUUGACUAUCGCUAUCCUUCGCUUAAUCAAUUAACACAGCUUCUUACUUCAUGUCAGGCUAGAGGGUGUAUUUUGGUUGCUUCAAGCCCAGAACUUCUUACUUGUAUCAACAAGAAAAAGAUUGUUAAUCGACCCUUGGCUGGAACCAUUAAAAGAGGGAAGACGCCUCUUGAGGAUGAGAUGUUAGAAUGUAUGAUGCUAAAGGAUGAAAGGCAAUGUGCAAAACACGUUAUGCUAGUUGAUUUGGGCCGAAAUGACGUCAGAAAGGUCUCCAAAUCUGGUUCUGUUAAAGUCGAGAAGCUUAUGACUGUUGAGCGAUAUUCCCACGCGAUGCAUAUCAGCUCUACAAUCACAGGGGAGUUGCUCGAUCAUUUAACUUGCUGGGAUGCACUGCAAGCUACAUUACCAGUUGGAACAGUUAGUGGAGCGCCAAAGGUGAAGGCCAUGGAGCUGAUUGAUCGAUUUGAAGUAACAAGACGAGGACCUUAUAGUGGAGGGUUUGGACGAAUUUCGUUUACAGGAGAUAUGGAAAUUGCACUGGCACUCGGGACAAUGAUAUUCUCUACUGGAGCCCGUUAUGACACAAUAUAUUCGUACAAACAUACCAACAAGCGGCAAGAAUGGGUUGCUCACAUUCAAGCUGGAGCCGGAAUUGUGGCUGAUAGCGAUCCCCAUGAGGAGCAGAUUGAGUGUCAAAGAAAAGCUGCUGGGCUUGUCCGCACAAUUGAGCUGGCUGAAUCAGCGUUCGUAAACGAACAGCCAGCAAAGAUUAACAAUGCAUUGCCAGUCCAACCGUCUGUAUCACAAUGAAUCGUCAUUUUUUUUAAUCUCAAUAGCUCCUUUUGACUUCUCAAAAAGUCGUGACAUGGUUUAGAUGGUUGUUUCUUGUUUGAUCAAUAAUAAUAUGAAUAGACUAAUGAUAGAUAGAUUAAAUGUAUGUCUGGAGAACUAUUCAUCUACUACUCGUGAAGUGUUCUUCUUCUA